GCUGUGUACUUGGUAAUCCUCCACGCGAGUGUGAAGGUAGAGCAAGCAGGAAAUAGGAGCAUUUCUAGACCACAUGGUGAAGUAGCCGGCAUUGUGUGCCCAGGCUUUGGUGUAAUUUUGUACUGAAUUUUGAGAAAAAUACAAUAAAUUUGGAUUAUAUUUGAUGCACAGGAGCUAUCUAGCAUUUAAAGAAGUGAUAAAAGACAGAAAAAGAAAAUAGCGUAGAAAGUGACAAUUGCCGGUCCAGUAUCUUUGGAACUAUUGAAGAAAAUAUCUUCCUGUGUGGUGAGAAACUUGAGAGAAAAAAUAUAUUGAUAUUGAACUGUUCCCAAACUAAACAGGCUUCAUGAUGGAUGUCGAUAUUAUAAAGAUGGAGCCGGGGAGCCCGUUAGGUCUCAGUCGAUGUGGCCAUUCCCUGUCCUUGGAAGAAAGCUUCGGCCGCGACGUCUUUGCAGACUAUCACAAUGACGAUUAUGGCUCAGAUGGUUCUUACCAAGGCAACAGUGCAGACAACAGUGGUAACAUAUCCCCUUGCAGCAUUGAUGAAAGUUCAUCUCCUAUUGACACAAGCAAAUUAGACUUCAUUAACAAUAUUGCUACUUCCAUCACAAAUUCCAUUAAUUGUGAUCAGGACAACAUUGAGUUACCAAAGAGACUAUGUUUGGUGUGUGGUGAUGUGGCAUCAGGCUAUCACUAUGGGGUGUCUUCUUGUGAGGCAUGUAAAGCAUUCUUCAAAAGAACUAUCCAAGGAAAUAUUGAAUAUUCUUGCCCUGCCAAUGGUGACUGUGAAAUUACCAAAAGAAGGCGAAAGGCCUGCCAAGCAUGCCGAUUUCAAAAGUGUCUUCGAGUGGGCAUGCUCAGAGAAGGGGUUCGCCUGGACCGAGUCCGUGGAGGACGACAGAAAUACAAGCGCACCAUUGACUCUGGCCCAAUUGUGCAGCAGAUUUUUCCCAUGAUCAAGAAAGCCUGUGUAGAAACCACCAAGUCAGAUUUUUCUUCAGAUAACAAAAUUCUGUCACAACUCAUAAGCAUCGAGCAUCAGCUAGACAAACUGUAUGUCAACACUGAGUCUGAAAUCCUGGAAGGGGGAGAGGAAGUGCGCUUUCUUGCCACUGUAUCUGAUCUGGCCGACAGAGAGUUGGUGAUCACCAUCAGUUGGGCCAAACAGGUUCCAGGAUUCUGCACCCUUUCCCUCAGUGACCAGAUGAACCUAUUGCAGCAUUCAUGGUUGGAAAUCCUAUGUUUAAAUCUUGUAUUUCGUUCUUGUCCUUACAAUGGCUACCUCAAAUUUGCUGAGGAUCUUCAACUCUCUGUUGAUGAGUGUAAACUCUGUCACUGCUCCCCAGAACUUGAUGGGCUGUCACGGAAACUUGCCAAAAAAUUCACAGAUAUGGAGGUCACAAAGGAAGAAUAUCUCCUGCUGAAAGCCAUGACUUUAUGCAAUAUAGAUGUGGCAAUUGAGAAUAGUGAAGCAGUGAGACAGCUCCAAGACAAAUUACAAGACUCCCUGAUUGAAUAUGUCAAAUAUCGCUAUGUCGGUAAUCUCCGCCGCUUAGGACAUCUAUAUAUGCUUCUCCCAGCUCUAAAUCACAUGAAAUUGCUUGCCAAGCAAUACUGGUUUGAUGUGAAGAAAGAUGGAAGGAUCAUGAUGCACAAGCUUUUCCUGGAAAUGUUGGAGGCCGACUCUUGACGAUGAAAAUGGAAGGGAAAUAACUCUUAAAUAGUGUUAAGGUUUUUUUUUCUUUACAAGCAUGUGAUAUAUUUUGUAAUUAAAGAAGCUUUCACAGAUUAAGAUUAGAGAGCAGAUGCAGUUCAUGGUAUAUUUUAGUAUAAUUAUGCAAAGUUAGAUUUGUAUAAAAUUUUUGUUGUUUGAUUUUUUAAUUCUUUCUUGUUAAAUUUUUUCUGUAUAUCAUGACAUGUGUGAUGUGUAUAGAAAACAUAGACAUUGUAACCUGUGUGCUAUAACUGUGUGUAUAAGGUGGAAAAUUGUUGUAAUCUUAUCCAGAUCUCAAUGCUAUUGUAGUUAGACAUUUUUUUUUGUUUUCCAAUUUUUUUCCCCAAGGUAUGCACUAGCAGAGAAUUGUUACAAGUUCUUUAAAAUUUCAGUGGUGAAAAAAUACCCUUUUACAACAAAGGGUGAAAAAAUCUUACAUACUUAAAAAUAUUCAGAUUAUAUGCAAAUAGGUGUGGAAUUACCAGCAUCCUACAAAACCAUAAUAGAACUUGUAAACAAAUUUUCUGUAACCCCCAAUUGUUAGCAUCAGUAGUGCUAAACAUUGUGCCAAAUCUGCAACUUCAUUUCAUUGAUAAUAGACCAGGCUACAUAAUUUUCCCCUUCAAUCCUUCAUUCCAAUAUUUUGCCAUUUCCCAUAGUAGUUAUUGGCCCUAGUCAGAAGGCAGCAAAAGUAUAUAGGGGGAUUACCCUGAACAAAUCCUUUGACUUCUAUAUGAUAGAAUCCCCUUUCAUAGUUUUUUUAACCAUAUAGCUGUUGGUCCUUCACCACUGGUAGUUGGUGUUGACCAUUUGGAACCCCUCAACUGAUUUUUUUUAUAUGAGAGAGGGUCAAACAGUUGUCCAAUCAUUCCCACCUCUCUGUUGUGUAUCCAAACCAUUAUAAUUUUCCCCAGAUUUAUUUGAUAGAAAGUUUGAACUCAGUGAAUAUGACAGCUUGGUGAAAAACAGAAUUUGUUAGAAUUUCUUAUGAAUGACUUUGUAUUCUGUGAUUGAAUGAAUAUGGACCAAUUAUCAUGAUGCAAAUUUACUAGUCAUAUUUAAAAGUCUGCUCAUGCAGAUCCCUGCACUGAUGUCCGUCCAUGGCAGAUGAUAUGUCUCUUUUUUUUUUCUACAAAUGAACCUGGCUGAUGCAAGUGCUGGUUUGGUUAUCUUGCUUAAAUUGUACUAUUUUUCAUUCUAAACUGAAAUUCUAUAAUAAAAAUGUGGAUUUUCAUAUCUGACAUGUGAUAUACAUGUAUUUUUGUCAUGUGGCAGUUUUAAACAAAAGGGAAAAACAUUUUAUCAGCCAGGAUCACUAAAUUUAAUAGUAGCAAUAGAUUUUCAAAUUACCGAUUUUGGUCUGCAGUAAUGAAAAAAGAUAACAAAUUAAAGAAAGGCAACAGAAAAAGAAAGUCAAAAUGAUAAUUGGUUGUAUGAUUGUUACAGAAAUGUGUGGGAUUUCUUUUUACUUCCAUAGAUAAACUGUAUAUAUAUAUGCAUCAACCCUGUACAUACAUAAUGUUGAUGUUAUGGAUUUUUAAACAGAGUGUUAAUGUAUAUUCCUAGAUAUAAGUAUGAUUUAACUAGAGCUGUGUAAUAUGAUGAAGUGUGAUAGCUAUGUAUAUUAAUUAGUGUAAUGUCAGCGAUCAUUGCUGACUCGCUUGUUUUCCAGAAUUGUUGGGUUUUCCACGUACCUAUAUACAUAUGCCAUAUGUAUACCAUGUAUAAUUGUUGGUUUGUGUUUUUUUAAUCGGUGCAUUUAAAUUGGUUAAGAAGUAUUACAUAGAUCUGUAUAGUCAGGGCUCUUCAUUGUGAUGUGUUACACGUAAAUUUGCUCUAAUUUUAGAAGACAAUUCCAUUUAAUUGAAUUUUCAUGGCAAAGAAAUAGAGUCAGCAUCUCAAGCCAUGGAGUCUGCUCGUAGCUCUCUCUCCUACCUGUGGCUGCUUGAUCAUAUAUUGUCUUGUAAUCUUGAAUAAUAGGGCCUAAUGUGUGACGUCAUGUUAUAAAACAAUGAAAAUAAUUGUUUAUAUUGCAAUUUAAUUUAAUGAUAAACUACAAAUAUUACAUAAAUUGAGAUUGGAUAAUGAAAGGUCUUAUCAAAGGUUAUUUUCCAACUAUAAUUAACUUGCAUUGGUCAAUAUUUUAAUUAGCUAUGAAAAAAUCUCAUUUCAUUCAACCAUGGGGACAAUAUGAGAGGAUAGUACAUUUGGCCAUGGUUUGCGACGAAGAAAUAGAGUGUAAAAUAAUUAUGCCAUUUAAAAAAAAUUCAACAGCAUUUUUGUCAUCAGUAGAACUGUCUUAUUUUAUUGCAAAUUGUUUUUCUUCUUUAUAAGCUGAUACAAGUAUUUUCCAAUCAUAUUUCAGAAUAUUUGGCUUUGACGUCCCUAACACAUUACAAUGCUUAGCCAGAGGGGGACCUAGACUUGUUUUCAGUUUUCUCAGGUGCCCAUGUUACCUCAGGUUAUUUAUUUGUAGUUUGUGAUAUUUGAAUCUGUUUUCAUCCUUGUAGCUACAUGUAUAUGUAAUCAACUUUUAGCCAUUAUAUAUCAAUGAAAUUCCGUAGCUGUGCAUUUUAAGAUUUUUUUAUAAUGUAUUUUUUGUAGGAAUCAGAACCCAAUUUUUUUUAAAGUUAAUGCUUUCGUGGGUUAUCUUCUUAACUGUUACAAAUGAGAUCAAUUAUUUCAUAACUGUUCACAAAUUUUUCACGGGUAGCGAAUAAAAAAUAACUCAUUAUUUUUCCAUAUGCCCAGGUAUAUGAAUAUAAUAUCAGUCCAGUGCAAAUUUGUGACGUGAUUUGCAACAUUGUUAUUACCUGAAGAAAACUGAAAAUGACCAGGUUGGUCGUGAAGGGAUAUGAUUUUUUUGUACCAUAUUUUUUAUUUAUUGUAACAUGAAUUCAUUAAUCAGACUUCAGAGCUCAUGUAGUAAGAGAGAACAAUAGAUGCGCAUCUAUCACUGUAAACCAAGGAACUAGAAUUGUACAUAGCUUAUUUAUAUAAUAUAUAUACCUUUAAUAGAUAUUUAAUCCUAUAUUGCCAAUCUGACUUUGGUUUGAGUUGUUGGGGAUGAGGAUGCUGUAAUGGUAUCUCUUUGUAACCAUCCAACUGGAACCAAUAUAUAUUCAAACCUGCAUGGUUAACUUCAGUGUACUGAACAAACAUGCAUAGCAUAAAAUAAUUUUAAGUAAAAUUUAAAAAAAAAAAGCCAAAAAAGUAAAUAAAUAAAUAAAAUAAAGUUUAAAAAAAAAUACAAAAUAGAAAAAAAACAAAAAAAUUGUAAAACUUAUAUGUAAAAUAAAAAAUUCAAAAUGAAAAUACCUAUAACAAAAAAAAUAAAAAAUAAAAAAGUAAAAAAAAAAAAUAUUUAAAAUGAAUGGUUCAUAUGAGUUACUUUUAAACUUUUUCAAAAAAAAAACAAAAAACAAAAAAAAAAGGAGAAAAAAAGACAAAAAAAAGGAGACAAGAAAAAACAAAAAAAAAUCAAAAAAACAAAAAAAAAAAAGAAAGAAAAGGGGGAAAAAAAGGAAAAGAAAAAGAUUUUGAAUCAUGCUGUCACAAUAUCAUUUUCACACCACUGUAGUUGUUAGAUGUGUAGAAAAGUUCCUGGUUUACAGUGAUAGAUAUACCCAGAUAAUAUCAUUCCAUUCACACAGGCUUCAUCUAUCAUUAGUAAACAUUAUUUUUGUUUUAUACAUUUUGAACAAGAUUAUAUAUAUAUAUAUAUAUAUUAUACAUAUUAUAUAUACUUUAUUGGAGGAUUUUAUAAUGAUGGAAAUCCUAAAUUCUACAUAUUUCUUCAACGGAGUCAACCUUUUCAUGUGUAACAUAUCUGAAAGUAAGAAAUUCUGAAAAUCUUAAAAAUAAACAUAAAACUUCUAGUGAUUGGAAAUAUAUUUGGUUUUAAUCUUGUUCUGGAAUACUUCAUUUGUUAAAUAUUUGUCAAUAUAGAUUUAAUUGUCACUAGAACUUCAAGAAUAAUUCUGACUGACUGUUUUACUUAAUGAUCUUUCUUUAGUUUGUUAUCUGUAAUUUAAGUGCAGCAUUUUUUGUGUUAAUUUUAUUCUAGACAUCUAAUAUAUUUAGUGCCCCUAAUUUUAUCAGUUCUAUUAGAUCUUUCUAUUAAAGUUCAUUAACUGCAAUCCAUAUAACUAAGAAGGUAAACAUUCUAAUAGAAUAUGAGGAUUUCAAAAUUUAUUCCAAAGCGUGGAGAGUUCUGUAGUCCAAUUAAUUUUUUUUUUUCCAUUUUAAUAUUCACAUUAAUUGCAACAUUUUAAGUAGAUUUCAAUUUUCUUAAAUUUAAACAAGUGUUUGAUCUGUGAAGUCUGUAAUUUGCCACUCUGGGGGUUUUAAUUAUUUUUUUAUGAGUACAUUGUAUACUUUGUUUUUAGAAAAGAAAGUGAGAAAUGAUUCGUAAUAUUCUUGAUAUUAUCUUUAAAUUUUAGAUAAUUGGUUUGUAUAAAUUCAGUAGUUAAUCAGAGGGAAUUGGGCUUAAAUUUUACAUGUGAGUUUUGCUGAUGCUAAGUUUCAUUCAGUUGAACAUAGAACUGGCACUAUAACAUUUUCAUUUCCUUUCCUUUUAGUAUUAAGUGAUAGAUUUCAAGUUCCUUUACUUUUUAUCUUGUAGUAUACAACAAAGAUAAGCCUGAAAAUUUUAUUCAUCUAAAUAUUUUCAGAUUAAAGUUAAGAGGUAUUUUUCUGUUGGGGAAAAAAUGAAUUUUUAUUUUUGUUAGACGAAAAUCAAUGAUAUAUAUAAUGCAAGGUGCUUGUUACAAUAGAUUUAUCAUAUGUUUGUCAUAUUUUAUACAGACUUCAUAUCACGGCUAUUAAUAUCCAAAUACCCUGUUCAGAAACGAAAUCCUUGCUCCUUCCCUUUGUAUUUUUACUUUGUUUAGUUAGGAAGCAUGUUCCCGUUAAUACAAUUUUGGAACCAGAAUUGUAUUGCUUGGUUUUUAAGUAGGUAAACUGGCUUAAAGUUAGCCAUUUAGCAGCAGAGGGUUAGGAAUUCUAUGACACAAAUAUGUUAAAUCUUGUACAAGAACAGCAAUCUGUAAUUAAUAAAUUUCAGAAUUUCCUGUAUUAUAAACUCCAUUUAAUUAAUAGUGCUGUCUUGGGUCUCUCUGAAAUAUUAAAAUUUACUAAUUUCCAGAAUUUGAUCAAGGCAGAUUAUCCAUCAGCAAGGUCCCAUGACUCCUAGCUAUCAUAAUAUUUCCAAUCAUCUUCAAAAGUAGUAUAAGCACAGCUAUUUCAAAUUUUCAAUUUUAUUGGUAUUUAAACAGCAUUUGAAUAUUUUUUUUAUGGAAAGAUGCAUGAAGAGUUAUGGGACAUUACUGGUGACAUAUUUUACCUUAAUAAAUGGAAUUGUUCUGUUUUUAAUGUUAUAUCGGAGAUAUACCUUGUUACUGUUCUUCAGAAAAAAAGAUGUAUUUUCUUAGAAGUUAAAUAAAGCCAGUAUUGAAUGUGA